GAGCGACGGCGCGCCGCAUGGUGUCAUGCGGAAGAUGGCGGCGUCCAGGGGGAGGCUGAGGGCUCUGGGGAGGUGGUGAGAGGUUUCCGUACAACCCCAGCGUGCGGCUAGGGGAUCCCUUCGCUCUGUUUCCUGCUCUCGUCCCCCCAAGGCUCUCAGGCGCGAUGUGGAGGAGCUGCCUCCGGCUGCGAGACGCCGGGUGCCGCCUCCUGAACCAGCCCCGGGGUGCCCUCGCCGCCCCGGCGGGGCCGGGGCCAACCCCCCAGGCCCCUGCCCGGGCCUACGCGCCCCCAACAGAAAGGAAGAGGUUUUAUCAGAAUGUCAGCAUCACACAGGGUGAAGGUGGCUUUGAGAUAAACCUGGACCACAGGAAGCUGAAAACUCCCCAAGCCAAGCUCUUUACUGUCCCCAGCGAGGCCCUGGCCAUUGCAGUGGCCACUGAAUGGGACUCCCAGCAGGACACCGUCAAGUUCUACACCAUGCACCUGACCACGCUGUGCAACACAUCUUUAGACAACCCUACCCAGAGGAACAAGGACCAGCUGAUCCGGGCGGCUGUGAAGUUUCUUGACACCGACACCAUCUGCUACAGGGUGGAGGAACCAGCGACAUUAGUAGAACUGCAAAAGAACGAGUGGGACCCAAUCAUAGAAUGGGCCGAGAAAAGAUAUGAUGUGGAGAUCGGCUCUUCUACCAGCAUAAUGGGGCCCAGCAUCCCAGCCAGGACUCGAGAAGUGCUCAUCAGUCACCUGGCAUCUUAUAACAUGUGGGCCCUACAAGGGAUUGAAUUUGUAGUGACCCAGCUCAAGUCCAUGGUCCUGACCUUGGGCCUGAUGGACCUGCACCUGACGGUGGAGCAGGCUGUGCUACUGUCCCGCCUGGAGGAGGAAUACCAGAUCCAGAAGUGGGGCAACGUCGAGUGGGCCCAUGACUAUGAGCUGCAGGAGCUGCGGGCACGCACAGCCGCCGGCACCCUCUUCGUCCACCUCUGCUCUGAGAACACCACGGUAAAGCACAAGCUCCUGCAGCAGUGAGGCCUGGCCCAGUGGGAUGGAGGCUACAUGGCCACUGCACACCCCCCCAGACUGUGGGGGUGAGAGGGCCAGCUCGGUGGCACUCUGAAAUGCCCCUGGGAACCAGAAUGCCUGUCGAAGUCAGCUCGAGUCCAACCCAGGCGCCCCUGCCCCAGCUGGCAGCGAGUGAGCAAGCGGGCCAAGCAUAUGAGUGACUUUCUCUCAAGCUGAUUUUAUUAAAAAUAUUUUAUUAAAAUAUUCUCUGCCCUGGAAA